AUUAUUUAUUUAUCUGAGGUUGAAGUCACAUACAAGUUGAUAAAUUCCUAUUUUGUUCUAAACAUUGGUUUUGACAUUUAAUUUUUUAACAAGUCAAAGAUCAAAAAAUCUAUGACCCUUGUUACCAAUUCAUUGAAAAAAGUCGCACUUGUAACAGGUGCAAAUAGAGGACUCGGUUUUGAAGUAGCAUUAGAACUGGCGCAAAGAAAGUUCAAAGUAGUUAUGGCGGAUAAGGUGGAACUAACGCCGUCAAAAGAACAUGUAAUUUGUCUUUCUGGAAACACCGAUGUGCAUGAGUACCGUUUAGAUUUAGCUUCGUUUAACUCUGUAAAAUGUUUUGCUGAAAAUGUAACUAAGGACUUGGAUUAUAUAGACGUCUUAGUUAACAAUGCUGGCGUGUUUUGCAUGAAGCGACAAAAAACAGAGGACUGUUUGGAUGCUGUAAUGCAGAUUAACCAUUUAAGUCCUUUUUUAUUGACAUAUUUGCUGACUGAUUUAUUAAAAAAAUCUAAGAAUGGUAGGAUUAUUUAUGUUACUUCUAACGGAGCGUUUUUUAAUAGACUAACCCUAGAACAAUUAAGUAAACCGGAUUAUUUUACGCCACAUUUCAUUUCUGGAGCUAUACAUUAUUACAAUACAAAAUUGUGUAAUAUGAUUUCAACCAAAUAUUUCACUAAAAAGUUGAAACAGUUUAAUAUCACUUGUAAUAGUGUUCACCCGCACAUGAUGAAUACAGAAUUUUUAAUAUCAAAUAAACAUACAAGUCUAUUAUCCAAUUUAGAAUCUAGAAUUUCGACACGUCUUAUACCUUUUGUAACAAGGGAUGUGAAAUAUUGUGCAGAUGGUGUGAUAUUUUUAGCUACAUCUAAUACGAUCCACAAUGUAACGGGCAAGUAUUUCAUUAAUUCCCAAGUACACAGGGAACCGAGUGCAGUCGAAGAUAAAAAAUUUUGUCAUGAAAUUUGUAACGAAAGUGAAAAACUUGUAGGAAUAAAAAAAUAA